AUGACCUCCUCCGAAAUACCACUCUUUUCAAACGAUUUAAUCUCCGAAGAAUGUCAAAAUACCCUCCCGGAAGGCUAUAAAUUCCGUGCACUCCAACGCUCGGAUUUCCAUCGUGGAUAUCUAGGUGUUCUUCGUGACUUAGCAUAUGUAGGGCCCAUCACCGAAGAACAAUGGGAAGAAAGGUUCGAUGCGAUGAAGAAGUGUGAGGAUACUUAUUAUGUGUUGGUGAUUGUGAAGGAGAAGGGGGGUGCGGGUGAUGGAGAGUUUAUCAUGGGGACUGGGACACUGGUUGUGGAAAUGAAGUUCCUUGGAAAUUUGGGACUACAAGGCCAUGUGGAAGAUGUGUGUAUCUCGGCGGAUCAUCAAGGACAGCAGUUUGGAACAAAGCUUAUUAAGGCCUUGGAUCAUAUUGCUUCAGAAAGAGGUUGUUAUAAGAGUAUACUUGACUGUGGUGCCAAAAAGGUACCCUUCUACGAAAAAUGCGGUUAUGAAGGGAGAGGGUUUGAAAUGCAUCACUACCAUGAUCCUGAAUCGGAGGCUGCAUUAAAUGGAGUUUGA